AUGGAAUGAAGAUGUUUGGCCCAGUUUCUAACUUCUCCCAGUCCGUCAUCAGUCAGAUGGGCCGACUGACCCUGGAAAUGUCACCAGAGGAGCUCCGUAUGCUCCGACUGACUGAAAAGAGCAGCAUCGCUGCUUUGGGCGCCAUCAGUGAGUGGAGCAAGAAACAGCUGAUUGCAUUGUUCACAACAACAUUGAACUCCACCAAGUUGAACCCCAGCCAACUUGACUCCAGCACACUGGUGGCAAUUGGUUACAUGAUGUGUGGAGCUAAACUAACAGAAAUUAGCUCUUUCAAUGCUGUUGAGUUUAGCAAGGCCGUGCUCUGGCUGGGUCAGCUCAAACUGUCCUGCUCAGAAGAACAGCUGUCAGCACUGGUGGGCCUGCUGACCCACAGUCUGGCUUUUGGACCCAUCAGUUCAUGGGAUAUGGAGGUCUUCAUUGAGAUUGGAGUUUUGGCGGGUAUAGAGCAUUCACCUCCUGUGUCUCUUUAA